CUAGAAGAGAGAAAGAGCCUGUUACGAAAGGUUGAAAAGAAACUCGAAGAAGCCAAUUUAACUCUUCAUGAAUUGGAAAGUGAAGCUAAACUUGCGCCCGUGAACUACAGGACUCAGAUGCUUGGUAAAAUUAGGCAUUACAGGAAUGAUAUAGAACAUUAUUCAAGAAUCAUGAAACGAGGCUAUAAUGCAGGAGCUGGUGGGGUUGACAAUUCAGGCUUUGAUAGAGAAGAGAGACUUGAAAGCUCCAAUUGAGCUAAGCUGUUACAGGGGCACCAGUCUCUUCAGAGAGCCACUAAAAGUAUUGCAAGGUCACCAGAUCAGAUAGGUGUAGAGAUUAUAGAUGAACUGGGUCAGCAGAGAGAAACUCUAGUGAAGACUAGAGAUAGGUUGACAGAAACAGAUGCCAAUCUUGUUAAAAGUCGACAAAUUUUAAAAGGAAUGUUAAGGAGAAUGAUGAUAGACAAGAUGAUCCUUGCUGUGUUUAUACUUAUUGAGUUAGCAUGUCUAGGAGGUGUUAUUUAUUGGAAGUUUUUCAGCUGAUGCAUCUGUUCCCUCAUGGGUGGCCUCUUUGUUGUACAAACUAACUGGAUCAAUCUAUUUAUUUGCCUAAUAUUUGUAUAAGAAUGUCUUGUCAUUGCCAUUUGAUGCAUAUAGCAUUAGGACUUUGUGCUUUAUUGUACGCUGACUCAUCAUUAAAGCUUCUGUUGGUAUGAGGUUGCUUGUAAUAGACUGACAGACCCCAGAAAGUUAAGAUGAUAAAAAACAUAAAUAUAAAAUGCCUGGGAAAGUGUGUAGCUGGUGGGCUCAAUUCAGUGAUUUUUAUUGUUUAAAACUGUCCCCCAACAUCAAGCAUGGUUGCAAUGUACUUCAUCCUUUGCCAUUCUGAAGAAAGUGUGGGCCAGGAAGAAAUAUUUCCAGAAUGCUUUAGGUUGGGUCAGGUUACAGAUUGCAAUAAGAAAAUUAUUGGGAAAAUCUUAAUCAUAAAUGUUACAAAGUAAAGUUUUUGCCUAAGUGUUUUAUGCACAAACUUUUCAACAUUCUAGGGAAUGUUAACAAAUACAAAUGAAAGUGUUUAGAGAGUUUGAGUGAGUAAAUAUAUUUUACAAGUCAUUGUUGUUUGACCAGAUAAAAAGCUUUCUUCUUCUUCUUUCUCAUUUUUAUGUUGGAGCGUUUAGAUGACUAGACCAGUACAUGAGAUGAACUGCACAGUGGUUUCCAAAUCAGGGAGCUCUCCACAUAGUUUUCUUUCUAUUGGGGUGUUUUGAGGCCAGUGUCUUGUACGGACCUCAUGGUAAAGAGCACAGUUUUGAAGGACAUGGUCAGCAUUCUCUGGUGACACUCCACAUGGGCAGAUUUCACUGGUUCCAAUUUUGAGUUUCCGGUACAGUUGUCGCAUUCUGUUGUGUCCUGUCCUGAGUCAGAAGAUUAGAUGUUGAUCUUGUC